GCGCGCUAGGGCUGCGCCUGCGCACUGCGUCCGGUCCAGUCCAGACCAGGGUCACCCUGAGAGCUCCCGAGUGCCCCGCGAUGCUGACCAGAUUCCUGGGCCCGCGCUACCGGGAGCUGGCGAGGAACUGGUUGCCCACGGCUGGCAUGUGGGGCGCUGUGGGUUCUGUGGGGCUGGUGUGGGCCACAGACUGGCGGCUGAUCCUGGACUGGGUGCCCUACAUCAACGGCAAAUUUAAGAAGGACGAGUGACGAAGCCGCCCUCCCUCCGCAGUUUCCUUUGGUAUCUGGUGGUGCCUGCUUCUCCCAUCUCAGCAUCUGCUGCGCCUGGAAUGGCCGAAGCCCUCACGAUGGACAUCGAGGAAACCCACAACUCGACUUAAGACUUUUUAUGUUUCUGAAAAUGGCUUUGAUGUAUUUAUGCACAUAGCAUUAAACUGCACUCUGAAACCUGC